AGCUUGAAUUUCCUCGAACCCUUGCUCAAGACAAAACGACCCGACAAUGACGAAAGGAACGUCGUCCUUUGGUAAGCGCCACACCAAGUCGCACACCCUGUGUCGUCGCUGCGGAAACCGCGCCUUCCACCGCCAGCACAAAACCUGUGCGCAAUGUGGCUACCCGUCCGCCAAAAUGCGCUCGUACGAGUGGGGCCAGAAGGCUAAGCGCAGAAAGACUACUGGAUCUGGACGCAUGCGCUACUUGAAGGAGGUCUCUCGCAGGUUCAAGAAUGGAUUCAGGGAGAACACGACGGCGGUCAAGCGUACCAAAAAGGCGGCGGAGUAGACGGACGGGUGUCGACUAAUCCUUUUCUGUUCAUUCUCCAUGUACGCUAUGCUGCACCCAUCGACUAUGCAUAUGAAUCACGCAUACGUGCCACGGGAUUCCGUCUUGCUGGUCGUCACCAUGUCUUGAAUUGAUGCCUGAACUUUGGGUCGUAUAACACCAUCGUGUAUUCUCCCUCAUCCAACUACAGUCACA